UGGAGAAGCUUGUUACGGAAGUGACGAGUAAAAUAUUUGAAAGGUUUCUUAUAAAUAGAGUUGGAUGGAAGACAUCCUCACACAUUAUUAACAGUUGGCAGAAAUUCUUUUAAUUUGAUAUAGCAAAUGGCACCAAAAAUCAAAGAAACCCCAAUAGAAGAAGAGAUUUCUUUAGACGAUCUGUUUGACCCCACCAUGAAAAAGAAGUGGAACAAAGUUGGGACGGCUUACAAGGAAUGUCCCUCCACUCGCAUAGCUAAGCUCACUCAAUCAGAAGAGACAGCUUUACAUGUAGCCAUCUCCAGUUACCACUCUGAAUUACAUAGCUCUGAUUGUGAAAAACGUAUUGAGGAAAUGAUCAAAUCCAUACCUGACGAAGAUGCAUUCGAGACAUUAUCAAUGAAGAAUGUUAAAGGAGACACUCCUCUCCAUCUCGCAGCAGCAGUUGGAUGGCUAAGUAUCUGCAAGUGCAUAGCUUCAAGGGAUCGUGAACUCAUUAGCACUCGCAAUUUAAAGGGUGAGACCCCAUUGUUUGUGGCAGCUUAUCAUGGAAAGUUGGAUUCUUUUAUUUUCCUCCAUGAUUACUACAACAAAGAGCAAGUGCAAGACCCGAAUCAGCAAAACAUUGGACAAGAACCAGACGAAUCGCUUUGUAGAAGGGAAGAUGGGAAUACAAUUUUACACUCGGCUAUUUCUGCAGAAUAUUUCAAAUUGGCUUACCGGAUAAUCAGCUAUUACCCAAAGCUGGUAAACUCUGUUAAUGUGGAGGGUGAAUCUCCUCUCCAUGUUCUUGCCAGAAAGCCUAGUGUGUUUAGAAGCGGCACUCAUUUUCGAUUCCCUUACUCUAUUAUCUACAGCUGUUUAUUCAUUGAAAAGCUUAAAAAGAAGCGUGGCCCCCAGCUUCACCCCCAUAAAAGUAUGUACAGCUCCACAAAUGGUGUCAACUGUCCACAGAACUACAAGACAUGUAGGGACAUCUUCCUACUUUUUGUCACUCCAAUUUACGAGAGUAUCAAAGCUGGUCUCGGAAAUCAACGUGGCAGUUCAUCCGAUGAAGAGAAUCCCCCCAAAAGAGAGAAGAAUCCUCAAAGUACGUAUGAUUUUCUUGCACAGUUUUCUAAUUAAUGUGGUUUUAAAUAAUAAUUUGUACUUGAAGAAACAUUCAAUUUAGAACGUAGAUGCUUCAGACUGGACAAAAAUUGUACUACUUGAGGUUUAACUUAAGAAGAUCAAAGAUGAUCACACAAAGUGGAUUAAGAGAGCAACAAUAAAUUUUGAUUUGCUUGAUACAUAUAUUUGGCUGAGAACAUGCACACAAAGAGGUUGCUAAACCUAAUAGAAGUUAACCAAUUACAAUAAUUUACAAAUUCCAGUACAAAACUUUAGAUGCUCAAUUUAAUUUACAUAGAUAUAAUUUUCUUACCCAAUAGAUAAUGAAAAUGAUAUGGUUUGCACUAAUAUGAUUUUCUUGCCCAGUAGCUGAGAAUAUACGAACUCUAUUGAUUUGAUAUUCGCGCCAAUCUUGCAGCUUGGGAAAGUAAACUGAUUAGAGAUAUGGGGACUCCAUUAAUAAGCCAGUAAUGAUUAGAUGCAUAGGAGGAUAUACUUAGUUGUCCUUUAGCCACUUUGUCUCUAACAAAAUGGUAAUACAUGGAGAUAUUCAGCGAGAAUGAGAUAGUUAAAAAGAUAAACAACGCAAGCAGUGAUAAAGGUACUGUCAACUUUGUUUCCUGUCCAGCCGGCAUCUGAGAAAACAUGUCGACGGAAUGAUUGAUUCUCAUAGAGUGGUCUGUUAGGGUAGGUGCGUGCAUAUAUUGCGUUAGCGUGUUUACGGGAAAGGCUAUGCCUGAACGACAAUAGGCAAUGAAACUUCAGAAUUCUUUUGGAUUAUUUUUAGGGAACUAUAAUGCAAUAGGAGUUUCAUGUGAUAGACAUUGCUGUAGUAGAUUCGUUAGAAUUAUAAAU